AUGGGACGUAAAAUGGAGACGCCAGCCACACUCAGCAUCACCCCCAACAGACUGCAGUUCUUCCAGUAUGACAGAAUUGAACUGAAGUGUGUGGCAAACUCUACUGGCUGGACAGUGAAGAGAAACACUGGCUCAAAGGUUGAGGAAUGCACGUUUGGCUGGGGAACACCGAGUGAGUCGUCCUGCAUCAUCGAGGAUGCCUACCCAAAAGAUACUGGAGUGUACUGGUGUGAAUCUAAAAAGGAGUCCAGCAAAAACAUAACAGUCACAGUGAUUGCUCAUGGUGUGAUCUUAGAGAGCCCCAUAGAUCCAGUGAUGGAGGGCAACCAAGUGACAAUUCGCUGCUCUUACAAGGGAGAAGAUGAGGACAUUUCAAAGUCAGAUUUUUCAGCUGCAUUCUACAAAGAUGGUGUUUUCAUAGGGACAGGUGAUGCAGGGACGAUGACCUUUUCAGCUCUGUCAAAAUCUGACGAAGGCUUCUAUAAGUGUAAACACCCGUCAAAAGGAGAGUCGAGGCAGAGCUUCCUCGCAGUAAUAGUGGAAUUCAAGAAAGUAAAUCCUACCACCCUGCCUCCUCCUCCUCCUAUCGCACCUUGGGCCAGAGUGAUUUCUAGUGUCCUUCUCUUCAUCCUCUACAACUGUGUUCUUGUACUGUGUAUCUACAUCUACCGGAAGUGGGCUCGAGCUGCAGCUGCUGCUACUCUCAGCAUCCAUCCCGGCAGGUCAGUCUUCUUUUUUUAUGAAACUGUGACUCUGAGCUGUGCAGUGCCAGGCAGCUUCAGCAGCUGGACAGUGAAGAGAAACACCUCCACAAAGUCUUCUGUUUCAUGUGAGACCUGGGGCCAAUUCAAUGGGUCAUCCUGCACCAUCAAAGGUGUGUACCCAUCAGACAGUGGAGUGUACUGGUGUGAGUCUGACAGCGGGGAGUGCAGCAACACCAUCAACAUCAGAGUGGCAACUGGUGUGAUCCUGCAGGGUCCUGCUGUUCCUCUGACUGAGGGAGACAGUGUGACGCUAAACUGCUCCUAUAAGGAAAAAUAUGCAAAGGAGUCUAUGUCCAAUUUCAGAGCUGAAUUCUACAGAAAUGGUACUUUUAUUGGAAUAAGCUCUGAAGGAAGGUUGAGGCUUAUCCGUGUGUCCAAGGAGGACGAAGGCAUCUACAAGUGUGAACAUCCAACAAAAGGACAGUCACCGGAGAUCUGGCUGGAAGUGAGAGGUGAUGAUGAUCAUCAUAAUGAUGGUAAUGAUAAUGAUAACACGAACAACCCUGUUAGUGUCGGUGCCAUUGGUGUCAUAGUUGGUGGCGUAGUCAUCACUGUCAUCACUGUCAUCGCUGUCAUUGCUUGGUGCAAAUUCUAG